UUCUAGUUGACUUUGUAGCCCUACCUAGCUACUAUGACAUGUUUCCAUCUUAACUAAACAUUUGAAUGAAUGUUUAGCCAAACUCACAACACAAUUCACUUCAUUUGUAAACCAAACGCUAUGUGACUGUUCAAGCUUGGCUACCCAGAAAUGACACAGGUGUUUUUCUAAACGCGUCGCUCUGUGGGCGGUUGUUCGAUAGAGACGAAGAUGGCGGACGAACUAGACCGAGUACGGAUUUCAGCUGCGGAGCUUCGAGCUGAAGCGUCGAGUUUUGCCAACCACCACGGCGAUUGUCACAGAGAGGAGCGAGGAGAGGAGGGACGUGGCCAACGCCAGCAGCGUCACCAUGGCAACGACCCCUCAAAACGCCCUGACCUGCAGCGCUACACGCCCGGGGCUGGCCACGGCAACCGUCGCCAUGACAGCGAGGACGGCGGCUUAGUCACUUCCCCUGGUCACCCUGGAGACCGGUUAGCCAUGGCCUCUGACCCCGAGGAGGAGCUGGUGAUGUCACCGCCACAGAAGGUGGAGGAAGAAGGACAGAAGAUGGCCGCCUCUGAGACGGUUUCAACUGAACUUGGAUGUAUAGACAGAGGGAUGGGGAAAGGUGGUGGUGAUGGUGGAGGAGGAGGAGGAGGUUUUACUUCAAACCGGGGUGGAUGCUCUCAAGCACCUGCACAACAGAGGACUCAAAGAGGUGACCACCACACCACCAUAGCAGACAACAACAACAACAACAGUAGCUGUGCAAAGGGACCGUCAGGCUCAGGUAGCCGACCACAGAACUCCAGACAGAGGGAUGGAGGGAGAGAGAAGCACCAGAGGGAUGGAGGGAGAGAGAAGCACCAGAGGGGGAGAGACCCAGACCUCUCUGAGCCAGCAGGGGGUUCCCCUGGCUCUCCCAAGGCCACCAGGAAGACCCGUAAACCGGACCGGGAGAUUUACCAGCCGGGGGGUCGGAGGAUCACCACCACCCAGGGGAAGGAGGCAGAAGCGGGAAGAGAGACAGAUAAACCUGCCCCUACCCCUGGUCCCCCUGGUCCUGUCAGAGAGGAAACCCAAGCCAGGAGAGAACCUGCCGUAUGGAGAGAGACUGGAGGAGAGCAAGAGGUGAAAGGGAGGGAGGAGACAGGGAAAGGUGAGCGAGGGAUGACAGAGAAAGAGAGAGACUGGAGAGCGUCGGAGGGAGACGGAGAGAGGGAAGCGAACCGUCUUGCAGAUACACAGCCAGCGAAGGGAAGAGAGAAACCGACUGAGAGAGACAACCAGAGAGGGAACAACAGACCCCAACCUCUACCCCGAGAUGUAGACAGAGAGAGGGAUGGAGAGAUAGACAUAAACGGAGAUGGAGAGAUGGAGAGAAACAGAGAGGGGAUAGCGGAAGGGAGCGAGAGCUACAGAGACAACACUAACCCUAACAACAACCACCACCCAUCAUCAUCCUCCUUUAAGCUCUACUCCAAGUCGAACAUCCGCCGGCCCAGGAACCGCACCUACAGCACCAGCUCUGCCAGCAGUGGCACCAGCCUGGAUGGACCUGUAUUUGGACAGGGAGGGGGUCGGGGGGAGGACAGGGCCCAACGAGACCGCCUGGGGCACAGGGAGAGAGACAGAGGAGAGGGAGGAGGAGGUCAGCUACCGAACAGGAGGAGAAACACUAGAGACUCCUCGACAGACUCACUGGAGGAGAGAAAGAUGGGAGACAGGCUGGAUGAGAGGAGGAGGAGGAGAGAUGGAGGAGAGGAGGACUUGAGC